CUCACUGCUUCUCUUUAAGAGAAGCAGUGACAGAAUACAGAUUGACAUAGAUCAUUGCAAGUGCCAAGUGAAGCUUAUGUAAGCCUCUGCCUUAUUGUUAGUUUUUCAUGUUGUAAAUUGAUCCAAAUUGUCUACUUCCUAUAUCAUAGGACAUAGAAAAAAGAAAAUAUAAAUUCCAAGUUUAAAUUUAAUCAAUAAUGUUCUUUCCUUCCAUGUUUCAACCUAUUGUGUAUUGAAUGCAUGUAGAUGGAAACUUGGGCUUCCUCUUUCAACAGGAAGUAGGAGCACUCAGCAGGAGCACUCAGCACAUGAGGUCUAACAGGAGAUCUUCAUUACCUGGUUGGCAGGAUGAGUGAGCGACUGUGCGGGCUGUGUUACAAAAACUUCAGCAACUUAAGGCAACACCUUAAAAUCUACCACACCAUUCCAAACAAAGAAGAGUUCCAGCUUCUGAUGCAAUAUGGAAAUUCACGAACUAGCAAAUCCUUGGAAUGCACAAUAUGUGGGAAGAGAAAUCUCGUCCGCCUUGACAAACACUUACAAACAGCACACAACAUUGGUUCAGCAGAGGAGCGAGAACCGAUCAUGAGGCAGGCCAAGAGAGCAGUCAUAGUUAAAGAGCUGGCAGAACUGCGUGAGUCCAACCCUGAUGUGCCCAUUGUAUCCAGCUUGGACUUGGGUGUUACCACCGAACAUGAGAAGUUUGUUCUGCCCAUUGGAGAGAUCAUUGAGGAGGCUGUUUCUGAGGAACUGAGGGAGGAGCCAGAGGGAUCAGAGUUCAGGGAGGAGGAGGAGGCCUUGAGUAUCAAUUCAACAUCCACAAACCAUCCUGUGACUGGAAUACAUUCUGCCUUCCAAUGCCCCUCCCCCACACCUUUAAGGACAGGAUCACGUUCAUACCUUGUCCUCCUCCAAUCACCCACAUCAACAAAUUGGUCAACAGUUUUCUUCCACCCCUGUUUCUGGGGCCAAAAACUCUUCUACCAGUCACCAAAUUCCUUCCACCGCCCUGUGUGCAUCCAUGCCUCCGCCUUCACGUGAGACUGUGACUUCUUUUAACCUACCGGGGCACUUGAGUGGCCAUAGUCAUCACUCGACUGGUUCAAUGUCAAGGGACUGCACGUCCAACUGGGAGAAGUUGGAUUCCAGGUUGCAGCAGUUGGAAAAAAAGGUGGAGUGUUUGAUGGAAAUUCAGCAACAGAAACCCACUCCAUUUAAAGCACCUCUAUCUGUUCAAAACAGUGAGCAUGUCGGCAAGGGAAAGAAGGAUUCUUGUUUCUAUGAAAAGGCUGUUGAAGACUUCUUCAAGUUUCGCCUGGGGCCACGGACUGGACGGAAGGACAGGAGCAAUGCAAGGAAGUCCUCAGGCCAUGCUCUUCACUUUUGCCUCUACAUGGCUGCUGGUCUACCCUCCAAGAUUGUCUCCAGUGACCUAAGAUUCCUGAACCAAAUGGACAAGUUGUGUGGGCAAGUGUUUUUCUUGGCCCAGAAAUAUUAUAUAUAUAUUUUUUUAGAUA